AUUGUUUUACGAUUUACAGUCGAUCAGGUGGACAAAUGUCAGGCAGUCACUUCGGCGAAGGAGUUCACACCAUAAUAUAUGUGGCCAGCAACACUGCCAACCAGAAGGUGGACUGCACAUUUCGUAUCACCAUAACAGUCCUACGAUGCCCGAUCAUCCCAGGAAGUUCUGCUCUCUCUUAUAGUUGCACCAAGACCAACAUUGCAGGAUCCGUGUGCGAAUUCCAUUGUGGGACUGGAUUCACUCUUAGUGGUUCAAUGACAUUGGCAUGUCAAAGCAGCAGCGCAUGGUCUAGUAAUUUCCCAACUUGCAAAGUGAAGACUUGCAGUCCCCCGCAAACUUCAAUCCCCAAUGGAGGAGUAACAUGCUCUGACUCAAACCAGUACAACAGCGUGUGCACAUUUACUUGUGACAGUCACCGUGGAUAUGGGUUUCAAAAUGGCAACACUGCAACAUCACGCACCUGUCAGGAAAACUGGUCCGGAAGUAUGCCAACUUGUAUUGAUAUUGAGCCACCAAGGUUCACGUCUUGUCCAAGCAGCUUUUCGGUGGAGGCCGAUAAUAGACAAACAAGUGCCAAUGUAAGCUGGGAGGCACCAACAGCAACCGACAAUGUGCCGUACGGUCUGACAGUCUACCAAACCCAGGGGGUACCCCCUGGAAGUCUCUUCAGCCAGGGAUCUCAUACAAUCACCUACGAGGCACGAGAUGGCCAGGGUAACACAGCAGAGUGCACCUUCACCGUGACAGUACGGGUGAUCACCUGCAGUACUUUAGUUGCCACACAGGGACUGGUAAUCACUUGUCCUGACGGCUACAUUAAGGGGGCAACCUGUACCUUCCGAUGCGAGGCAGGGUACCAGCCAAUCAGAAAUAACACUUCCACUUGUCUUUCAAAUGCAUCAUGGAGCCCAACUCCGCCAACGUGUGGCCUACUCCAAUGCCCGCCUUUGGACCCACCGGAGAACGGCAACUUCAGAGAUUCCCAGCCUUGCGGUGUCACCGUCGGAUCCUGGUGCUACUUUGUCUGUGAUUCUGGUUACGGCAUCGUGGGCAGCGCAUACCGAAUCUGCACUGCGCACUCCGGCCAGACCACUGCAAUCUGGGAUGGCACGAUGACCGUAUGCCAAAGGAACAUGUGUCAGAAGUUGCCACUGGGCACCGGUCUGAGGGAGGUCCAGUCAGACACAUGUCCUGUGGGAAACACCGUACCUUCUGGAAGUGUCUGCAGCUAUGAGUGUCAGGAGGGCUACGUUAUACAAGGAGCUUCGUCACUGACUUGUGGACAAGAAGGCAAUUGGCUACAGAUUUUGCCCCAGUGCCGAGAAAUUACCUGUGCAAGUAGUGAUCUACCAGUUCCAUUAAAUGGCGUGAAGAGCGGAUGUAUUCGGGAGCACGAGCCAUAUGGUACCACAUGCUCCUUGUCCUGUAACCAUGGUUACGUGCCGAGUACGACAACACAGAGAGUGUGCUUGAGUGAUGCAACCAAUGUUGGAGUCUGGUCCGGUGGAACAAUCUCUUGUACAGCUGUGACUUGCUCGCCUCUCUCUGACCCUAUGGAUGGAUACAUCUCAAGCUGCAUCCGCAACUCACAGGAAACAACCAUAAGGAGUCCCCAGCUGUUUGACACUACAUGCUCUGCAGUUUGCAAUGAGGGCUACACCCUGACUGGCACAGCAAGUCGGACCUGUCAGGUUUCGGGAUUUUGGAGUGGAAGAAAUGCCGAAUGCAUGGAUGUGACUGACCCCAUAGUCCAGUGCCCUCCUAACCAGGUCAUCUUUGCCGGCGAAGGUCAAAACAGGGUCACUGUGUCAUGGCAGUGGGAGCCAGUUAUGGCUACAGAUGCUGGGGUUGACAUACCCGCCAUUCUUCUGACGAUCAACUCAAUUCCGUUCAAUGGCACUAAGCCAACCAGCUUUGAUGAAGGAACCUACUUCUUGGACUACACGGCAACAGAUGCUGCUGGCAACUCAGAGUCAUGCGUUGUGCAAAUUGAGGCUAAAGUGACCAGAUGCCUGGGAUUGAGUGCGCCCAGCAACGGGCAAAUUUCACUUGUGUCGGGGCACGGCACGUGUACAGGGAGUGCUGUGUACGGCUCUGUGUGUGAGUUCAGCUGUGAAGUGGGAUACACUUUGUCAACAGGGGGCGCCAUACUGCAGAGGCAGUGCAGCCGGGUGACUGACCAAAGUAGCCAAGGUUUUUGGAGCUUGAGUCAACCAAUGUGUGAGGUCAACACCUGUCCUUAUCCACCUGUUGCCAAUGGUUAUGUCACUGGUUGCCAAGGCAGCUCUGCUGCUUAUGGUGACUCGUGUGAGUUUAGGUGUGACCCAGGUCACAGGUCAGCCAGCGGACAGACAUUCAGUAUACGUCAGUGCCAAGCAGACAGCACUUGGAGUGGUCCGGAUUUCCAGUGCUCAAUGGUGGUGACAUGCCCUGGUCCAUUCUCCAUCACUCAUGGAACCAUAGAGCCUGCCCUCUGCAGUCAGGCCCAGACUUUACCCUUCAACACAGCCUGCCAAUUCUCUUGUGACAGUGGCUUCCAACAAUACGGUCCAGCGGUCAAGACUUGUACCGAAAUUGGCGUCUGGAGUAAUCUUCAAAAUACUGUCUGCCUUGACGUGCAGCCUCCCGUUUUUGACACCAGCUGUCCGCAAUCUGUGUCGGUAAACAACGAUGUUGGCUCCACCUCUGCGAUAGUGAAUUUCGACGUACCAACCGCGACUGACAACUCUGGAAACGUCACUGUGAACAAAUAUGCUGGCCAUCCUGACUCAGGCAGUAGCUUUGCAGAAGGCAGAACCACAGUCACCUUUACCGCGACAGAUCCCAGCGGCAACGCUGCCCAGUGCGAUGUCAUUGUGAUAGUAACAGUCCAUCGUUGUCAGAGACUUCCAGCCCCGAUGUUUGGCACUGUCCUCUGUGACUUUGCCAUUCCCAUCGUGGACACCGUGUGCAGCUACAGUUGCAACACCGGUUACAAUUUGACGAGCGGAUCGCAGACCAGAGCAUGCCACAUGACGAGCAACGUCACGACAGACUGGGAUGGGCAACCUGCUGUUUGUACAAUUGUGCGAUGCCUAUCCCAGCCCACGCCUUCGAAUGCCGUCAAGUCUGGUUGCAGCAUUGAUGCGACAGCCAGAGAGCCUUACGGCACGGUGUGUUCCUUCUACUGCGUGACCGGCUAUGGGGCAGAGACGACCGACGAAGGGAGAUCGCGCUGCCGGGAAGAUGGAACCUGGUCAGGAACAGAUCUUGUCUGCACUGAGACCGAGUGUCCAAUCCUGAGCCCAGUCUCUGGCGUCUCUCUGCUCCCGGCGGUAUGCUACAACCGCCCAGUCUUUGGACGUGACUGUCUCCUAUCCUGCGUCCAUGAUGGUUUUGUCAUAGACCCCCAAGGCAUGGACUAUGUCACAUGUCUAAGCAACGGGCAGUGGUCCCAUAGCAUCUCAACAAUCCAGUGUGUUGAUCGUCAGAGCCCGCGAUGGACAACCUGCCCGUCCGUCUUUAUUGUCCACGUCGAGGCCGGUCAGACAUCAGCCCAGGUGGACUGGGUCAUCGAGGCCACAGAUAACGAUGACCUCCCGCCGACAGUGACCUGUGACCCUGGGCCUGGUCAAUUUAACCUUGGCGACCACCAGGUCAUCUGCACUGCCAUGGAUUUGGCGGGAAAUUCGGGGACGUGUCGUUUUCAAGUUACAGUGGAAGCUCGCAGAUGCCCUGUCCUCGCCCCACCAUUCUUUGGAGAGUUUGUAGGUGAGUGUCAGAGGGUCUAUGGCAGCGUGUGUCGAGUACAGUGCAGCAGUGUUGGGUACCAGUUGGUUGGUUCCAGUGAAGUGACCUGCGUGUUUGACGGGAACAACACAUACUGGCAGCGAGCAGAAACACCCCGGUGUGAACUGGUCAGCUGUGAUGCCUUAGUUUUGCCGACCGGUGUACAAGUCGUUCCAUCAAUCUGCAGAGUUGGUACUCCAUUAGCUGGUACCCUGUGUAGUUUCUACUGUUUGAAUGGAUUGGUUCUUACCGGGGGUGUCUCGUCUAUCGUGUGCGGAGUUCAAGGCUCGUGGGAAGGUGGCUCAGCCAAUCUACCGACAAGUUGUGAAGAUCAAACUCCCCCUUUCCUCACCUUUUGCCCGGGACCCAUUUACGCCACAGUUACAGACCCAUCCGGGUACUCUGUGACCUUUGACCUGCCUAGAGCCCAAGACAACAGCCAGUCUGGUACCUUGACUCUCGUGACGUUACCAGCCGAUAUCACUUCGCCGUAUUUGUUCAACAAGUCCACUGAAGUGACGUACACGUUUAGUGAUGAGGCCGGCAACUCCGUCAGUUGCAUUUUCUGGGUCUACAUACUCGAUGAGAGGGCACCGGAGGUUGUCUUCUGCCCAGACAGCUACAGUUUCACAGCUCAGGCUAGUGUAACGGAAGUCACCUGGGAGAAGCCUUUAUUCCGCGAUCCUUCUGGAGAUGAGUUGGUGGUCACCAGUAACAGGGGACUGGGUAACCGAGACAACUUCACGGUGGGGACGCAUAACGUGAUGUACACGGCGCGGGACACUGACAACGGAAAGACUGCAACAUGUGAAUUCACGGUGACAAUACAGUAUGCGUCGUGUCGUAGUUUGGAUGCCCCUGCAAAUGGGGCCCUUACCUGCGCUCUUUGGGUCCAGGGUACUAUAUGCAGCAUCCACUGCAAUGAGAUGUAUGAUAUUCCAAGGCUUAGCAGUGAUCAGAGACCACCCGUUCAGUACAUUUGUGGCUUGUCAGGCAUCUGGAGUCCUCACGAUUUUAUUCCAGAUUGCUCAGAGGCAAGACGUCCUGGCAAUUCCCAACUUCCCGUAGACGUGAUGUAUUUCUCCGGAGAUUGCAGCAGUCAGUCGACCAGGGACAGCAUCGCUGCCGCUUUCAUCACGCUUCUGCAGGACGCGAAUCUCUGCCAGCCGACAGACCAGUGCACUGUGCAGAAUGUUCAGGUCAUUUGUGGCCCGAGCACGCGCAGACGUCGUAGAGCUCUUGAAGAUUUGCCAAGCCGAGCACGAGACGUGAAACUUAAAGAGAAAAAAUAUUUGGAGAAAGAACAUAUGCUAUCACGAUUCAGACAACGCAGAACUGCCGUAAAUGAGCAGGUCUCUAUCAGCUUUGAUAUCAGCAUGCCUGUCCCGCAUUCUGAGGGCGACAGCAGCUUCAAUGCCGUACUCAGUGCAGAGAGUACCAUGAUGGCGGCAGCUGACACUUUGAUUAACAAAAUGAGCAACGGAAGCAUUCCGCCGCUUCAGGUGGAAGGCAUAAACGUGACACUUGACGAGGACUCAAUGAGUUACGGAUAUGCAGAGAUUGAUUGUGAGCCAGGAUACAUCGCUAACAAUGAUGACUAUGUCUGUACUGCAUGUACUACAGGUGUCAUGUUCAAUAGCUCAACUGGGGAGUGCCAGUUUUGUCCCAGAGGGUUCUACCAGGACCAGCAGGCGCAGUUCUCCUGUAUUCCUUGUCCUCCUGGAAAUUCAACAGCGGAGCAAGGAGCCAAAAAUGUAACUUUGUGUCAAGAUGAGUGUGCAGCGGGCAGUUUCUCGGACAGCGGCAUCAUCCCUUGUUCAAGAUGCAUGAUAGGAGAAUACCAACCACACACGGGUCAAAUGUCGUGCCUACCUUGCCCUGAGGGAUUGACAACUGCAGACUUUGGAUCCCAAUCUAGCAACCAGUGUUUGGAAAUUUGCCCACCAGGCAGUGUGUCGGCAACCGGUCUGGCUCCGUGCCAACCCUGUGAACAUCGAAGCUAUCAACCACUGAGCCAGCAGCAACACUGCAUAUUGUGCCCGGGCAAUAGCACAACACUUGGUACCGGAUCCACUAUGCGGGACCAGUGUAUAGAUGUAAAUGAGUGCGCCAGCUCCCCAUGUGACCACCAGGCUACCUGCGUGGACUUGAUCGACGGCUACCGCUGCGACUGUCCGCCAGGCUACGAGGGCGUACACUGCCAAAACAACACUGACGACUGCCUGGACCACCAGUGUACCCACAAUGCAACAUGCGUGGAUGGGUUGUUGGGAUACGUAUGCGUUUGUGACCCAGCAUUCCAAGGCACAUUCUGUGAGUUGAACAUUAAUGAGUGUUCCUCGGCACCAUGCCAGAAUGACGGAGUGUGCCAUGACGGAAUCGGCGGAUAUGACUGUGAGUGUCCUUCAAACUAUCACGGGGUCCACUGUGAGCAGGAAAAGACAAGUUGUUCUGAUCCAAGCCCCUGCCAGAAUGGCGCUACAUGCAUGGUUCUUGGGGACGGGUACCAGUGUAUGUGUAGCCCAGGUUACAGCGGCACUGACUGUGAAGUGGACACCAAUGAAUGCCUCAGCUAUCCUUGUUUGAAUGGCGCAACGUGCACGGACAGGCCCAACGCGUACCACUGCACCUGCUUGACUGGCUUCACAGGUUCCCGUUGCGAGGGCGAUAUUGACUGGUGCGCCUCUUCCCCGUGCCAUGAUGGUGCGACAUGCGUGGAUAUGCUCAAAACCUUCCGCUGUGUGUGCCCGCCGCUGCGCUCAGGCCCUCUGUGUGACCAGACUCCCUGUCAGAAUGGCGCCCUCUAUAUCUCGGGUGAUGACGUAAACGUAGAUGCAUACACCUGUAAUUGUCAGCCUGGGUAUGUGGGUCGGGAUUGCGAAAUAGAUAUUGAUGAGUGCGCAUCAAAACCGUGUUCUAAUGGAGGAACUUGCCAUCAGCAUCAGAUUAAUGCAUUCAUGUGUGAAUGCCCGCCAGGUUUUCAAGGGGAAUCAUGCACCGUUGACAUCAAUGAGUGUUCAUCUGAUCCCUGUGGAGCCAGUAACACCUGCCAAGAUGAUGUCAACGGAUACACCUGUCUCUGUGGGCCAGGAUUCACUGGUACCGUCUGCCAGCAUCCUAUUGACCUCUGUGAGCCGUCGGCUUGCCAGAAUGGGGCCACUUGCCUCAAUAUGGGUGCCGGGUACCAGUGUGUGUGCGCAGCAGGGUUCACAGGAAUGGAUUGUCAGCUGGACAUAGACGACUGCCUAUUGGGACCCUGUAUGCACAAUGGUGGCUGUGUGGAUGGCAUCAAUGGCUUUACGUGUGUCUGCCAGCCGGGAUUUGUGGGGAACUUAUGUGAUGUCUGCAGCAAUGAAUCCUGCUAUAAUGGUGGCACUUGUGUUGUUGGCAUCGGUGGCGAGUUUGCUUGUGCCUGUCUGAAUAACUACACUGGUGCCCAAUGUGAAGUACCAAUCAGCUACUGCCUCAGUAGUCCCUGCCAGAAUGGGGGUUCUUGUGUCGACAUACCCCUUGGUCAUCUCUGCUCAUGCUUGCCAGGAUACGUCGGACCAAACUGCGAAAAGGAUCUUGAUGAGUGUGCCUCUUUCCCCUGCGUGCACGCCACACAGUGCAGAGAUGGCGUCAACCACUACACGUGCACCUGCGAGGGCGGCUACAGCGGCAUCAACUGUGAUUUGAAUACCGACGAGUGUGCAAGCCAGCCGUGCUUCAACGGAGCAACUUGCCUUGAUCUUGUUCACAGAUACUCCUGCCUGUGCGUCCAGGGGUACACAGGCGAGCGCUGUGAAAUUAACAUCAACGAAUGUGCGGAAAAUCCCUGUUUUAACGAUGGCGUAUGCAUUGAUGGCGUCAACGGUUUCACGUGCCUUUGUAAUCAAGGCUCAACAGGCCUGUUUUGUGAGAUUAAUGUCAACGACUGUGACCCGGAUCCUUGCCAGAACGGCGGGGAAUGCUCAGAUCAGCUCAACGCAUACGCCUGCCUCUGCUUACCGGGCUACAGCGGGAUCAACUGUGAGGUGGAUAUAAACGAAUGCCAACAACUGAACGUGCAAUGUCAACAUGGCGGAACCUGUGUGAAUAAGGUGGCAGACUUUGAGUGCUCGUGUGUCGCUGGCUAUGAGGGACACUAUUGUGAGGAGGAAAUCAAUGAAUGUGAGUUGGACCCGUGUGGCAACGGAGGAAGCUGUCGCGACAAGCUGGCGUCAUUUGCCUGUGUUUGUUCGCAAGGGUUCACCGGUGUGCAGUGUAACAUUGAAGUCAAUUUGUGUCUGGACGCUCCCUGCAGUAACGGUGCCACGUGCAUCCCCAGCACCGGGGGUUUCACCUGCACAUGCCCGGCAGGAUUCAGUGGUUCCCUGUGUGACACAGAAGUUGAUGAGUGUUUGAGCCAGCCAUGUCUACAUCAGUCGAAGUGUUCUGAUCAAAUCAACGGUUACCAGUGUGUUUGCCUACCAGGCUACACCGAUACCCACUGUGAAACAGACUUGGACACCAACUUUGACCUCAAGUUUUCCGGCCGGGUGUUUGGCACAGAUCUACGAGUGGUCGACAUGACUCAAGGCACGCUCACAGGAUUGUCAGCCUCAGUGUGGUUAAGAUCCACGAGUUGCCAUGGCGAUAUCAACCUCAUCACUUUGUCGGUACCCGAAGGGCCAGCAGUUAGGUUGAGUCAACCGAGCAACCUAAUAUUGACCUUCAAAGGAUUUGGGUGGAGUGGCGUCCACCAGACCUCGGCCGGGGUAUCGUCCACGCUCUGCGAUGGGCACUGGCACAGUGUGCUGCUGACCUGGCAUCAGACAGGCUGCAGUCAGGAGUGGACCUUGUACGUGGACCAAGCCAUGACGUUACAAGAUAAUCACAAUGUCAGUCGGCCGUUUGAGUUACCCGGGGGUCUGGCGCUCACCAUCGGUCCGCAAGCUAAAGAGGUGGAUCAUGGCAGCAGUUUGGAGCUGGAAUUGACCGGUGUCAACAUCUUCGGUCGUGCAUUCAAUGGAGAUGAGGUACCAGACAUUGCUUCGUCAUGCCAACCAUCCACUCCUGCUGACGUAUUCGCUUGGGGCCAGAUAAUAUAUAGACCUAGCACUGGCAUCACCCAAACGCUGCGGGUACCCUCCAAAUGUGACGAUUUUGACGAGUGUUCAACCAACCCUUGCCAAACUGGCGAGUGUGAGAACCACCUGGGAAUGUUUGUUUGUCGCUGUCCAGAGGGAUGGGAGGGAGACCGAUGCCAGACCAAGACUGACUACUGUCAGACAGACUCAUGCUUGAAUCAAGCCACGUGCCACAGUGAGAACUUAGGCUAUUGGUGUGUUUGCCCGGCAGCUUUUAACGGCACACGCUGCCAGUUGGAAAUUGUGGAUGGCGGUUGGGGUUCCUGGUCUCCAUUUUCCGAUUGCAGCAAGUCCUGCGGAGGAGGGAAACAGUUCCGAUCCCGUGCCUGCGAUAGUCCACUGCCAUUGAACGGAGGGCUCAACUGCCCUGGAGAAAGACGACAAUUGCAACAGUGCAACACUGGCAAAUGCCCAGCUUGUAUCCGCCUGAGUCCUCCGAUAAGAGGAUCGCUACAUUGCAAUCAAACAGAAAACAGCAACAGUUGCCGAAUCACUUGCAACGCUGGCUACACCUUUGACAGGAAUUUCCCUGAAGAGCUCCAGUGUGGGCAGAGUACCAACUAUGCCUGGAACCACCAGUCUAUUUAUAAUCCCUAUGCCAGACUACCUUCGUGUGUCGAGGCUGUAGAUCGCGUUGGGACGGCCACAGAAAUCAAGGUCUAUUUGCUGCAAGUUUUCUGCACCUCGAAAGACAGCAUCUUGAGAAGUGUCUCACAGUGGCUAUUGCAAGCACUGAACCUACUGCACUGUUUGAGGGAGAAAUCUUGCACCUCCACUAUUUCUGUCAACUGUAAGACUGGUGGGAGUCGUGCCGCAAGACAGUCUGAGUCUAAUGACGUGCAGCUCAAAAUCACAUUCUUUACCAACACAACUGCUGGGAAUACAACUGGACAAGCUGAGGAAGAUGAAGCUGAUGAUGUUGUUAUGCAGGCCGGUGAAACAUUGAUGAAUCUCAUUCAAUCGGGAAACUUCACGCCAACCAUGGAUGGCCAGGUUGUGCAGCCAGACCCGACAACAUUGGAGGGGGAUGGGUGGGACUUGUGUCCGGAAGGAACAGCAGAAGGCAAGGCUGGAUUGUGUGUUCACUGCGGACCGGGAACCUUUCUGACCCCAAGCGCUGUCCAGGAAUUGGACCUGGAAUGCCGGCUAUGCCUGGCUAACACCUACCAGGACCAGGAGAGACAGACGGAAUGCAAGGCAUGUCCCAACGGAAUGGUUACCAACGGCAAUGGGACACGCAACCUCAAUGAGUGUUACGUGCCAUGCACCGAGGGCACAUAUUACGAGAGGAGUGAUGUCAUUGGUGAAAAUCAGUGCAAGCCCUGCCCGCUCAAUACGUACAAUCCUGCGAAAGGCAUGGACUACUGUGUGCCAUGCCCGGAGGGUAUGGUUACCGAUGAGAUGGGUGCCAGCUAUGAGAUAGAGUGUCAUGAGCCUUGGAUGUCUACAGCUUCUGCCACAACAACCAUUAAAACUCAUCCCCCAGGCUCAGACAUUGGGUUGUUAGCUGGCAUCAUAGGGGGCGCUGUUUCACUCACCAUAAUUGUGGUGGUUUGCGUCGUCAUUGUUUGCAGGUCACAAAAGUAUAGGGCCUCAGUAAAACCAGUCGAUGAAGACACCGAGACUGUGUCGCACACUCCUGCAACGGGCUCUUCAACUCAAGUCCCAAAAAGCUGGGGGCGCGGAUCCGAACCAUCUCAAACACAUCCAGCAAAUGAAUAUGAGCUGUUGGGCAUCAGAAAUUCAGUCAUGGAAGAGAAGUAAGGAAAGAAAGGUGUGUACAUGUUUAUGGAGGUGAUUCGUAAGUGGUAGAAACUGAACAUUACCUGUAUAAGGAUGGAACCAACAUUUUUUUGGUAGAAAUGUAAAAUCGCUCUUGUCGUUGUCUUUUUGAGUGACACCCUCCCAUUACAUUUUGUUUUAUAUUGCUAUUUUUCUAGCAAUGCAAAGUUUAUCACUGUUAAAUGAGAUGUUGAAGAAACAAAAAAUCUGCCCAUUUUUAGUUAUGGAAUAAUUACUAUACAACUUUCAUAUCAUUAGUGGGUGGACAAUCUUUCAUGCGUUUCUUUUGUAUGUUAUGUUUUGUGUGCAAAUUGAAACAAAACAAAACAUAUUUUUAGAGAGUCAACUGAAACGUCUGAUAUAGAGAGAAGUAGAUUUUCCAUUUAGGUAAAACAUACACAUUUAAAAUUUGCUUGGAGAAAACAAACUGGAAUUUGCUGAAGAGCAGAGAUGGAGGAACGUUAAGCAAGUGUGUGUGUGUGUGUUUAGAAUUACACUCGAUUUGUUUAAGGGUAACGUGUGUUCUUUUUUAAUUCAGGAAAAUUGUGUAGGUUUUGGAUUUUUUUCAUGGAAUUGUAAGGUUUGAAUAGUUUUGUGGCAAGCCUAUAAAUAUAUACAGGUUGUCCCACAAAAAACCUAACAGUAACAUUUGGCAUGUUUCAGACAAGUGGGGGCAAGGGCGGCUCAGG